AUGAGCCCCUCCACCCAUACUGUUGAUCAGAUCGAGUUUCUGUCGCGGCCCUCUGGAAAGGCCGAGGGCAAGCACCAUAUCGUCAUCGUCGGGGCGGGCAUCAUCGGCGUGUGCAUUGCGUACUACCUGACGCGCCACCCAUCGUUCGACCCUAAAAAGCACCACAUCACCGUGCUGGAGUCCAAGCGAGUCGCAGGCGGCGCGUCCGGCAAGGCGGGUGGGCUUUUGGCCACCUGGGCGUUCCCGCAGCAGAUCGUGCCGCUGAGUUUCCAGCUCCACCAGGAGCUGAGCGACGAGUUCGACGGUGAGAAUCAGUGGGACUACCGCCGUCUGACCACUGUCUCGCUGGAGGCAGACGUGCAGCAUGUUUCGGAGGCAACCGACAAGGACGACGCGAACUCCACCAAGAGCGCGGACAGCAGAUCUCAUACCCUGUCCACGCGCAAGAAGAACAAAGAGCCCCGCAGUUCUGUGCCUAAAAAGAAGAGAUGUGCCCAGACCACAAGAAGCGACCGGGACGGCAGCGACGGUGACGAUGAGAGCGACGACGAGGACAACGACGAGCUGGAAAGCAAAGAAAUGGGCCCCGAAGGGCUGCAGGAGUCCUACAGCAUGGGUGCGAACCAGCCUCCCGCCCCUGUGCUCCCCGAGGAUCUUAACUGGAUCCGGACACAGCUUGUGCGCGACUGGUCCUCGCUGGGUGGCGCGGAUUCUACCGCCCAAGUGCAUCCUUACAAAUUCACGCACUUUAUUCUGCAUGAAGCCAUGAAGACCGGCGCCGUCGAUCUCAUCCUGGGGAAAGUUAACGAAAUCAAGUUCAAUGACGUUGGCUGUGCCUCCGGAAUUUCCUACAUACCGACCUCCGACGACUACGACGGGGAGCCGGAUGCUGUAGAAACUCUAGAAGCGCAGCAGAUCGUGCUGGCCAUGGGCCCCUGGACGUCCAAGAUCCUCCCUGACUGCCCUAUCUCGGGCCUACGAGCACAUUCCAUUACUAUCAAGCCCUCCACCGGCACAGUGUCACCUUAUGCUAUCUUCACAGAGCUGAAGAUCGCUCACAACAACUACUUUUCUCCCGAGAUGUACGCGCGCAAGGACGAGGUUUACGUAUGUGGUGAGGGUGACACGUUGGUGGAGCUACCAGAGACAAGUGAUGCUGUGGAAGUUGUCCGUGAAAAGUGCGACGAGCUGUACCACUACGUGUCCAAGCUGUCGCCCAAUUUAUCACAGGGUCACAUCCUCAAGAGGCAGGCGUGUUACUUGCCAGUCCUCAACGUGCCCACUAGCUCCGGGCCUCUAAUUGGCGAGACCAACAUGGAAGGCCUGUAUGUAGCUUCCGGCCACUCCUGCUGGGGCAUCAAUAACGCUCCGGGCACAGGUAAAAUUAUGAGUGAACUUCUAUUGGACGGUGCGGCAAAGAGUGCAGACAUUUCCGCUCUUGAUCCAGGCUUGUACUUCGAUGCAAGCGUAUUGGAUUAG